AUGGCCCAGUCUGUUCCUCCCGGAGAUAUCACCACCCAGCCCGGCACCAAGGUCGUGUUCAACGCCCCCUACGAUGACAAGCACACCUACCACAUCAAGGUAAGAGAGGGAUACUGUAGAAUGGGGAUUACUCUAGGGUUAGGUAGGGUUAUGGGUUACUGUAGGUCACUUUAGUCAUCCAAAUUUGGCGUAGAUUUGAUAUAACAGUAGCUAUGAAAUUCCUGUUUCCUGAGGUGGCCGUAACUGCGAUUUUGCUAUAGUAUUGAGCCUUGUACAACGAUUAUUAUUAUUUCGGUUCAUAUAUGUUUUCUUUGCAGGUGAUCAACGCCGGCGGUCGUCGUAUCGGAUGGGCCUUCAAGACCACCAACAUGAAGCGUCUCGGCGUCGACCCCCCAUGCGGAGUCCUCGACCCCAAGGAGGCCGUCUUGGUCGCCGUCUCCUGCGACGCCUUCAACUUCGGCCAGGAGGACACCAACAACGACCGUAUCACCAUCGAGUGGACCAACACCCCCGACGGAGCCGCCAAGCAGUUCCGCCGCGAGUGGUUCCAGGGCGACGGUAUGGUCCGCAGAAAGAACCUCCCCAUCGAGUACAACCCCUAG